CUCUCCAAAGUUCCCUCACAAGCAUCAAUCAGUAACCCCACCAUCACCAUCACCAUCACCACCACCAGCCCCUCCGGCGCUUCCCGAAAAGUAAGAGAAAAACUCGUGGAGGGGGAAGAAGAAGAAGAGGCUUCGUUCCUACUGCGACUCUCCGGCCUUCUCCUUCUGUCUCCGUUCGAGCGUUGUGUACCUCGUUUGAGCUCGCAUACUUCUCCAUCGCUCCAGGUUGCUGUUUGCUUUUCUCUGUUCCCGAAGCUACUCCAGCUUCAACCGCGCGGUGCUCUUAGCUGAAGGCAAGUGAAAGCAACAGCCAAUCAGUCUCCGGCUUUAGAUCCGGAGAGAGAGCGACGCGAGGAAGAAGUUUCCUCACGACGAAUACUUCUCUUUAGAAUUACUUAUCCGGCGAACUCUUCUGCCUUUUUUUUUCCAGCUAUUCUGCAGAUUCCUACGGAUCGAUCGCGUCUCCUCGGGAAACUGGUGAUCCCCAGUGAUUUUCGAGCUCCGGGAAGGGAGAAUUCGGAAAUUUUUUCAACAGUUUUUUGAGAUGGAGUCGGAUCUUCAACAGCAUCAUCAUCAUCACCAUCAUCAUGCUUUUCUGGAUCACGGUCACGAGCCUCCCCCUCAGCAUCACCAGCAACAGAUGAGCUCGGGCCUGUCGCGAUACCGAUCCGCGCCGAGCUCCUUCUUCGCGAGCUUGCUCGAGAGGGAUUUCUGCAGCGAGUUCCUCGGCCAGCCUCCGAGUCCGGAGACGGAGCGUCUUUUCUCGCGGCUGAUAUCCGGCAACCAGGACGAAUCGCCGGCGACGCAGAAUCUCGGUGGAUUCCAGCGGAGUCUGCCGCAGAACGAAGUGACCAAUCGCCAACCGCAGCUCAUGGAGGUGGUGAAGAGCGAAGCGAAUGUGAUUCCUCGGCAGCAGAGUCACUACUCUUCCGGUUCUUACUACCAAAGUUCAUCUCAACCGCCUCGGCCAAAUCGAACCUCGACCGAUGGAGUCUCCGGUUCGGAUCGGUUGCCGCCCACGAAAGUUGGUGGUUCCAAUUCGAAUCUCAUUCGCCACAGCAGCUCACCUGCAGGGCUUUUCGCCAACAUCAACAUUGAUAACGGGUUUGCUUCUAUGGAGGGCAUGAGGAAUUUCGUCGCUUGCAGCGGAGCAAAUGCAGAGGCAACCUUUUCUAAUGUGAAUAGGUUGGCCAGUCAUAUGAGCUACUCAUCCAGGCCCGCUUCCACCAUGGGACAUAUGAGUCCGAUUUCUGAGCUCGGGGAUAAACGCAUGGAAGCCUCCAUCGACGAAGGUGUAGCUUUUGGUGAAGGUAACGCUAACGAUUAUGUUGCGGGUUAUCCUGUGAGCUCUUGGGAGGAUUCGACCAGCGUGUCUGAAAAUUUGAACGCUCUGAAAAGAAGUCGAGAUGAUGAUAAGAAGUUUUCAGGCUUAAAUGCGUCUGAAUUGGUGAACGAGGAGGUUAGGAGCCGUCCUACCAUGGGUUUGACGCAUCACUUAAGUUUGCCGAAAACUUGGGCGGAGAUUUCCUCCAUUGAAAAUUUUUUGCAGCUGCAAGAUUCUGUACCAUGUAGAAUUCGUGCUAAGCGAGGUUGUGCCACUCAUCCUCGUAGCAUCGCUGAGAGGGUCAGGAGAACCAAAAUCAGUGAAAGAAUGAGGAAACUACAAGAUCUCGUGCCAAACAUGGACAAGCAAACCAACACAGCAGACAUGUUGGAUUUGGCUGUUGAUUACAUAAAAGACCUCCAGGAACAGGUUAAGGCCCUCUCUGCGGAUCGAGCCAGAUGCACAUGCCUCAACAGCGCAGCAGCAGCAAUAGCACCAGAUCCCAGGAAGGGGGACUCUUGUGCUGCACUGUACAGAAGUAUAGGAGUAUGCAGGAAAGAGAACAUCCGCAGAAAGCAAAUUAGGCGUGAAGAUGAGAAGGAGGGCUCUAAAAAGCCAAACCGAAACAGAAACUCGCUUAUGGAAAGCAAGAGGGCCUGAAGAAAAACGCUCGUAUGGCGUAAAGGGCGUCAGACCGAAAUGUCUUUUCGUGCUGUUGCGCAGGUUGGGACGUUCAGCUAAAUUGCGGAUAGAUCUUUGUAUUUAUUAAACUCAGAGAAGGAGAAGAAGAAAUAAGGGGAGGGGGGGAA